AUGGGCCCAACAUACCUGAGGUGGGGGAGACAGCCUAAACAGCGCACAGUGGAAAAAUCAUACUGCCGUCAAGCUCUGAGGCAGUACAACUCCAGCACCACGAAGAGGGAAACAUGCAGGGCCGGAGAGAUGAGAGGGGAGCACCUGCUGACUGAAGACCUGCAGCAGUUACCCUUUGCUGAAAGCCUGAGAAGCCAAGCAAUCUGGGACGCUAAUUUUCAU